AAAAAAAACUUGUCCUGAAUGUAAAGACGUCGUCGUUUGGGUAAACACAAUUCGCCGUAUACGGCGAAGCAAGAACCCAAUUCUACAGCGAAACGAAGCACAAAAUCGCGUCCGACAAUCUUUGUAAUCGCCGAGUUUUCCGGAAUUCAGACAAUACUUCGAUGGCUCCUUGAUUUAGUCAAAACAAAUUCUAUAUAUGUUUCUCUUCUUUUAAUCUGUUCGUAAAUUCGAAUUCCGGAGGUGGAAUUUCCCCAAGUUCGUCCCUUUUCCUUCGUAGAAGCCAUGAAUUCUGUCUUCAACAAGCUUCGGAAUUUGGAUGCUUACCCUAAAAUCAAUGAAGAUUUCUACAGGCGGACCUUCUCCGGUGGCUUAAUCACCCUCGCUUCCUCCUUCAUCAUGCUCUUCCUCUUCUUCUCCGAGCUAAGGUUAUACCUUCAUGCUAAAACCGAGACAAAGCUCAUUGUAGAUACAUCAAGGGGCGGAAAAAUACACAUAAACUUUGAUGUGAGUUUUCCUGCGAUUCCAUGCUCUAUACUCAGCCUUGAUGCCAUGGAUAUCAGUGGAGAGGAACAUCUUGAUAUAAGACAUAACAUAAUCAAGAAAAGAAUUGACCAUCAUGGCAACGUUAUAGAAGCUAGACAAGAUGGCAUCGGUGCACCUAAGAUUGAGAAACCGUUGCAGAAGCAUGGUGGCAGGCUGCAGCACAAUGAAACAUACUGUGGUUCAUGUUUUGGAGCGGAAGAGUCAGAUGAUGAUUGUUGUAAUUCAUGUGAAGAAGUUCGUGAAGCAUACCGAAAGAGAGGUUGGGCAAUUACCAAUCAGGAUCUGAUAGACCAGUGUAAACGAGAAGAUUUUCUACAGAAGGUGAGGGAUGAAGAAGGUGAAGGGUGUAAUAUUGAAGGGUCUCUUGAAGUUAAUAAAGUGGCUGGAAGUUUUCACUUCGUUCCUGGGAAAAGCUUUCACCAGUCAAGUUUUAAUUUUUUUGGUUUUCUGGAAUUGCAGACGAGCGAUUACAAUGUAAGUCACCGAAUAAAAAGAUUAGCUUUUGGCGACCACUAUCAUGGCUUGGUUAACCCACUUGAUGGGGUGCAUUGGGAAUAUGAUAAACAGAAUGUCAUGCACCAAUAUUUUGUCAAGGUGGUUCCAACUAUAUAUAAAGACAUCAGAGGUCGUACUGUUCAGUCAAAUCAGUAUUCUGUAACUGAGCAUUUUAAGAAUGUGGAGUUCGGUAGUUCUCAGUUUAUACCUGGAGUCUUCUUCUUUUAUGACCUUUCUCCUGUUAAGGUGACCUACACAGAGGAGCAUGUUCCAUUUUUACACUUCAUAACUCAUAUUUGUGCUAUAGUUGGAGGUAUUUUCAGUGUUGCAGGAAUUGUAGAUGCAUUCAUAUAUCACGGUCAAAGAAAAAUGAAGAAGAAGGUUGGAAUUGGAAAAUUUGGAUGAUGUCUCAUCUCAGCUCUUUCUUUCACGUUAGUCCAGUUUUGUUUAAGCUGCUGCCCUUCCAUUUGAGAAUCAAAUUACAAUUGUGUCAUCAUUUCAUACGUGUUGUUCUAAAACAUAUCUUUCUUACAGAAAGAUUCAUUCUCAAACUGAGGUUAAAAUCAAGUUCUCUCGCCCCUCCGCCCAAGAGAGAAAAAAAAAAGAGAAAAAAAGAAAAAGAAAAAGAGGGAAAAAGCAAGUUUAGUGUGAGAUGGAAGAAAUUUCUGCUACACCCUCUUCCCAUUGUGACAAUUUGUAAAGUACUAUAUGCCAUUUGGAUUCUAAUUGAGAUUGAGAAUUUGAGAUUCAUCAUCAUUAA